AAAAGAGAUACACAUCGAUUUAUAAAGCGUUCGUCUGUUAUUUGAUUUUUAUUUAUUCACGACUUCUUGACAUAUCAGGAUAUCCUAGAAAAGUAGGACGGGUGGCUACUUGAGUUUAAUAAACUAAUAAAUAGUUUAAUUUUGUAGUAUUAAUACAAGAUUGAACUUUUCGCCGUUCAGUUAGGGUCUAUAAUCAAAGAAUAACAUCUAGGUAUAAAUUAUACAAAUAAUAAAAAUAGUUUGUUAUCGAUAUUAUUUUCCUUAAUUAAAACUGUGGGUGAUUUUAUGGGGGCCUGACACCAUUACACAGCCAACAUAACCAAGAUGCAGAUAUUUUUAGUUUUUGCGGGCGUAGUUUCAUGUGCUGUGGCUCUUGACAAUGGAUUAGCACUAACACCGCCGAUGGGCUGGUUGACUUGGCAGAGGUUCAGAUGUAUCACGGAUUGUAAACAAUAUCCUAAUGAAUGUAUAAGUGAGGCUCUUAUAAAACGCACAGCGGAUAUAAUGCUUAGCGAAGGUUAUUUGGAUGCUGGCUACAAUUACGUAGGAAUUGAUGAUUGCUGGCUGGAGAAAAAACGCGAUGAGAAUGAUCGACUGGUACCCGACCGGGAACGGUUUCCGAACGGCAUGAAAGCUAUUGCUGAUUAUCUUCACGACAAAGGCUUCAAGUUCGCGUUGUACCAGGACUAUGGCAACAUGACCUGUAUGGGUUACCCUGGCGUUCUGGGCUAUGAGGCAAUCGAUGUACAAACUUUUGCUGAAUGGGAUGUUGAUUAUAUAAAACUUGACGGAUGUUACAUAGAUAUUGCGAAAAUGGAUACUGGGUAUCCACAUUUUGGAAAACUGAUGAACGAGUCUGGACGCCCCAUGGUAUAUUCGUGCAGUUGGCCUGCCUAUCAAAAAGAGCCGGACUAUGCUUCCAUCGCCAAGCAUUGCAACCUGUGGCGAAACUGGGAUGACAUUCAGGACUCCUGGAGUUCUCUAAGCACCAUCAUGACCUGGUUUGCUGAGAACCAGGACACGUUUGCUAAAUACGCUGGUCCUGGAAACUGGAACGACCCAGAUAUGCUAAUAAUAGGCAAUUACGGAUUAUCACUAGACCAGGCGAAAGUCCAGAUGGCCAUUUGGUCAAUGCUAGCCGCCCCAUUAUUCAUGAGCGUCGACCUGGCCACCAUCCGGCCUGAGUUCAAGGAGAUUCUGCUCAACCGGGACAUUAUCGCUAUAGACCAAGAUGUGCUGGGGAAACAGGGGUUGAGGGUGUGGAAUGGAUCGCGAUGUGAGAUAUGGAGGAGGGAGCUUUCGGAUGGCUCGUAUGCGUUGGCCUUUGUGAACAGACGCGACGAUGGGACCCCUUACGUCAUCAAAGCGUCUUUCGAAGCUAUGGAUAUACCGGAACAGGCUUAUGAAGUUCAGGAUUUGUAUAAAGAAGACGCAGAUCGUACUUUCGGACCAGAUGGUGAAUUUAGCACAAGAGUGAAUCCGUUAGGUGUAAAAUACUUCAAGUUCGUACCAAAGAAAUCAAAUGAAAUACUACAAGAAAGUCAAAAUCAGAAGAAAAAUUACUCCGUAAACAAAAUCUGAUUUAGAGGAACAAAUAAAAUAUAAUUUGUAGUUCGUAAAAUAAGACAAAAUAAAUAAAAAAAUUAA